AUGAAUAGAUAUACCAUACUUACAAUUAUCCUAACUAGUUGUCUACUCAUAUUUGUAACCUUUGUUACACUUGAUUAAACUCCAAGUUUCCUCACAUAUCGCCCUAAAGAAUAUGAUGUGACGUAUAGAUUUUAAACACUUUAGUCUUAUAACUUAGGUUGAAAAUUGCGAUUAAACUGUGUUCCUUGAAGUACUUAUUAUAAUUUAUAUCAGGGUCUUUGUUAAGGAGGAAAUUGGGCUCAUAUUUUCACUUAAACACUCUAUCUUACUAAUUGUCUUAGAUCGUCAUCCAAGUAACCUCGUCUUUCAGCUGAAGAAUUGUUAUAAUGUACUAAGUGGGAUGAAGAUAAAUGUUCAGCUACACCUAAGUCAAUUAGAAUUGUUAAUAAUAUCAAAAAGUAUUAUUGUAAAUAACACUAGUUUCUUAAUUGAAAAUGGUCUCACUACCAAUAAAUGUCUUUCAUAUAAACAGACUGUCAAUUUUAACUUAAAAAACAAAUGUCCAAUUAGAUGUGAUGAUUUAAGUUUUAAAAAACCAGAAUUGAGAGCAAAAAAUCUCUUAGAACUUUAAUCCACUUAAGACAUACAAGAUCAUAUUAUUAACAAAGGUCCUGUUGUAUUAGCAUUGAAAUGUUGUUUUAAUCAAUUUUAUAUUAGAUGGCUCAAGCUUGAAUGAAUACUCAAGUGGUCUUUAUACAACAAAAAAUGACGAUUAAGAUUUUGGGAUAAGAUUUCUUAUGAUUGUAGGUUGGCAUACUGAAAUGGAUGGAAAGAUUACAUGGAAAUCUUUGAAUUCUUUUGGUAAUUAAUAUGGUGUUGAUGGCAGAGUAAAUGUUGGAGAGAAGAAUGAAUACAUAUUGGGAUACUUUGGCUUUGAUGUCUGAAUUAAUAAAUUAUGAAAUAAUUAAAUAAUAAAUACAAAC